CGGCCCGGCCCAGCCCACCUACUCACCGGCCCCGUCCUGGGAAAUGGACGUGAUCGGAAGCUUUUACGGGAAACUGCGCGCCCUCGGCCUCACCCUGGAGAGGGAGACGGCCCGGCUGGAGCGGGCGCUCGGCGGCCACGACGCGGACUUCGAGGAGGAAUCUCCAAUGAGACUUUUGCACGACAUGCAUUCAGAAGUCAGAGCCUUAAAGGGUGAUGUUCAAACUCUCCUGGAAAAAAGUCAUUCCGAAAGACAAGGAAGUUAUGAUUUCAUAAAGACCACAAAACUCCUAAGGCAGAGGAAUACAAUGGAUAUUGUGAAAUUAAGGGAGUUAUUCCAGAACUAUGGAUAUAAGCCACCUGCUUCUGAAAACUCAGGAAAAGAGGUUGCCGCUGAUGCCCCUGGACCACCGGGGACUGGACCCGAAUCAGAGGGAGUGGAAGACCCCCCGGGCUCUGCCACUGCUACCACCACACAGCCACUAGGUCCCACUGCUCCCGGGGAUCCUGCCCGCUGCCCACAACUUUCUGACUUUGGACUUGGGCGCUAUGUGCUUCCCAACGCAUGGGACCGACAUCCACAAGCCCAAAAUCUGUACGACAGAAAGACCAGAAUGGCCUCCCCGCCCUUCCAAGCAUCUCCAGGUAGAGUCCUGAAAACACCAAAAUGUGCCCUGAAGAUGGACGAUUGUGAGUGUAUGACUCCUAAGCUGGAACACUUUGGGAUUUCAGAGCACACCAUGUGUUUGAAUAACGAUUACACGAUGGUGCUUAAAAAGGCCGAGAAAACCAAAAGCUUUUCUAAAGGAGGCCCUGGUGGACCGGAGAACAAAACGGCGGCUGCUGCUUCGGGGGCUGAGGUGAUAGCCAGCAGCAGCGAUGUCCCGACCGUCCCUGGCCCCGCCAUCCAGGUGUUGGAAGAAAACAAUGCUGAUGGAGCACAUUCUCCUCUGGCGCCUGUAUUCUGCACGCCUGGUAUCAAAAUUCCUUCUGUGAGCAUUGAUGUAAUUGCAUCAGAUUUCCCCAAAGCGAAAGAAUCGGGCUUCCCAAAUUGUGCAGGAACACCACCACCUCCUGACUUUGAAACAACUUGCUUGAAAGAGGAAUCUGAAGGGAAGGUGACCCGGACCCCGUCUAAAACAGACAUCUGGCCUAACAGUGUGUAUUUGGGAAAUCCCGCUUCGUUGGCUUUGCGAUCCGACAGGUGUCUCGAGCAGGACAGAAAGUCCUCUCCGCCACCGAUCACUGCCAGUGAGAACCUGCUGCUGAGCACACCCACGCCUCCUGAGAUGACCACGAUCCCAGACGACAUCCUCCAGAUUCUGUCCAGGUACAAUCCAAACUUAGCCACUCCCGUGGCAAUAAAAGCCACGCCCAGGACGGAUGCUCUUUCCACUCUUAAGAGAGAGAUCAUGCAGCCUGGUUACAACAAAGAAAACCGGAGUUACUACUGAUCCAUUCCUUCCAGGAGGAGCAGGGCCGGAUUUCCCAUUCAGAAGUCCUUCCCCAGAAUUAGCGAGUUGAUGUCAUCAUUGCAGGGAGGGUGAUGGGGUGUGCUCAUCGUGGUGCCGGGACUCUUUUUAACACCCUUUCAUCUGAAUCAGAAACCACCUUGUUAGUGUUUCUCCUUCUUUGGAAGAGAGUGUCAACAGGAUAUAAUGUUGGUCGAAGGAUUAAAUUUAGCUGGAAAUUCCA